ACUUCAGUUCAGAUUAUCAUGGGUUUUUCAUCGCUGGUGCAAGCCUUGAUGCCAAUCACCGCCUUUUUUGGUGGGAAGUGUGGUAAAUUUCAGAAGAAAGUGAAAGGCAGUAACCGCUUUUUGCUCGCCUACAAGUGCGUCUGCAAGGACGGCUACGUGCAGAGCGGUAACGAUGGAUGCGUUGCCAUUCAUAUUCCGCCGUACACCAAACCGAAACCGAAGAAGUCAACCACAAAAAUGAACACGGCCCGAACAACCACAAGCACCAGCACCACAAAAAGGGACAGCACCACAAAAAUCACCAGCACCACAAAAAGCAAGAGCACCACGAAGAGCCACAGCACCACAAAAAGCCACAGCACCACAAAAAGCAAGAGCACCACGAAGAGCCACAGCACCACAAAAAGCCACAGCACCACAAAAAGCCACAGCACCACAAAAAGCAAGAGCACCACGAAGAGCCACAGCACCACAAAAAGCAAGAGCACCACGAAGAGCCACAGCACCACAAAAAGCAACAGCACCACCACAGGGACCACCACCAAUAGUAGCACAUCUUGGUGGCCAUCCUGGCUAACGACAACCGAGCCGACGCUUAACAAAAACGACGACGUAAACCCAAGAACCAAGAAAUUCGAGAAUGAGAUCUGGAGCACUUCGGAAGGACCUUAUUAUUUGGAUUGGACCGAUUUCGCUAUUCCCGAGGCCACCACUGUAUCAUUGCCAAUCCAUAUGAUGAGCAUCGAUGCAGCCAGCCCCAAGACUACGCCACUUAGUUGGCAAUGGCAUAGUCUUGUGGCAGGAGAUCAAUAAUUAAGAGAGAGACUAUAGGACAUAUUUUAGACACAUUUCCGUACAUUUUCCGGUUAUUUAACCCAUCAUAAAGUCUGUAGAGUGUAUAAAGUGUUUACUCUGUCUGUUUGACCGACAGCACAGCUCCAGUUGAGGGACUUAAUUGAAAACCAAGCAAAUAAAACAUGUUACCUCACACGACUAAUCCCCAAAAAGUUGAGUGCGCAAUUAACAGACAGCUCUCCCGUUGCCGGACUCCCAGGAGCCUCAACCAUUUCUGGCGAAAAAUGUGAAAUAAAAUAAAUAUUGACAGCCGAGAGUCGGCUGUCGGUUGAUUUAUGUGGCAUGACUCAUGAGCGUGAAAGUGUAACUGGAACUGGAACUGGGACUGGAACUGAGUCUGAGACCGGUCUAGAUUUAUAUGGUAUAUGGUGCCGGUGCUGACCAAUCUGUCUGUCCCCCGACAAUUCCCAGACACGGGGGCAAACAGGCCAAAAGGAAAAUUGGAAACUUCAAGCACUUGGCCCAUUCAUGGAAUAUAAUAUGGGGAAGGCACCGCACCCGAGAGCACGCCGA